GGUAACAUCUCGCUCGCUGGAGAAAAUUCUGGAUAACAGCUGAGAUUAUAAAAUGAAGCGCUGCUAUGUUUUGACAGAUCAGAGAUCAUAGCGUGAUAGUUGGCUGUCAAAUUUCAUCCAGUGAAUUUGUUGCUGUGCUGUUUAAAAGCGAAUCUUUUGGAGCUAUUGUUCAUUUCUUCGCUUGUUUACUUUGAAAAUGGCCUACUCUCUAUUGCCUUUGUUAUCCCGUCGCUCUUGGUGGGAUAGUUUUGAUUAUCCAGCAACACUUCUUGACCAAAACUUUGGAAUGGGUCUGAUGGAUUCUGAUUUAUUGCCACCACGUCUCUAUCGUGGAUAUUUGCUUCGACCCAGGACCCAGCUGAACUUAGAUUCUUCUGGACAGUCUGAAGUAAAGAACGAUAAAGAUAACUUCGAGGUGAAAUUGAAUGUUAGCCACUUCAAGCCUGAUGAAAUAAGUGUGAAAACUGUUGAUAAUACUGUUGUUAUUCACGGAAAGCACGAAGAAAAGACCGAUGAACACGGAUUCAUUACCAGAGA